UGGACAUCUCAUAUCAACACACUAGCUAUCCAAAUAUGUUGUCUCUUCCUCACCUCCCUCUCCUCUCUCUCCUCUCUCUCUUCUCUCUCUCCUACGCCUACACCACUACCCUCUCCCUCUCCCCCACCGCCGCCGCCGCCCCGCCGCUCGCUAACCCAUGGCAGAGGCUAGCCCACCUCGCCACCGCGUCCACCACCCGGGCCCACCACCUGAAGACCACCGUCCCCACCAAAGUCCCACUCUUCCCCCGCGGCUACGGCGGCUACUCCAUCUCCCUCAGCUUCGGCACGCCGCCGCAGACCUCCUCCUUCAUCAUGGACACCGGCAGCAGCCUCCUCUGGUUCCCAUGCACUCGCCGCUACUCCUGCAACUCCUGCAACUUCGCCGACAUCGACCCCACCAACAUCACCACUUUCAUCCCCAAAUCCUCCUCCUCCGCCAAAAUCAUCGGCUGCGCAAACCCUAAAUGCAAAUGGAUUUUCCCCAAUCUCCGCUGCAGAGAGUGCGGGAAUAACCAAACCCGCACCCGCUGCACCCAGCCCUGCCCGCCCUACAUAAUCCAAUACGGGUCCGGGUCGACCACCGGGUUACUCCUAUCCGAUUCAUUAGUAUUUCCUGAUAAAACGGUCGACAAUUUCGUCGUCGGCUGCUCGAUUUUCUCCAACCGCCAGCCGGCCGGCAUUGCCGGCUUCGGCCGCGGACCGGAGUCGCUGCCGGCUCAGAUGAGCCUCAAGAAAUUCUCCUACUGCCUCGUCUCCCAUCGCUUCGACGGAGAACCGAUCACCAGCGAUUUAGUACUCGAUACCAGCGGCGCCGCCGCCAUAGGAGGCGGAAUCAAGUACACUCCAUUCCGGAAGAAUCCGUCGUCGGGGAACUCCGCGUUUCACGAUUACUACUACGUCACGCUGCGUAAGAUCACAGUCGGUGGAGUCAAAGUCAAAGCGCCGUACAAAUAUCUGGUGCCUGAUUCCGACGGGAGAGGCGGAACGAUCGUCGACUCCGGCACGACCUUCACCUACAUGGAGAAGGAGGUGUUCGAGCUGGUGGCGGAGGAGUUUGAGAGGCAGAUUGGGAAAAAAUACGGCCGGGCCGCCGCCGUCGAGAAGGAGGCCGGCCUUCGGCCCUGCUACAAUAUCUCCGGCGAAAAGGCGGUGGAUUUGCCCCAACUGACGUUCCAAUUUAAGGGCGGAGCGAAGAUGGCGCUGCCGUUGGCGGAUUACUUCUCCUUUCUGGAUGAAUCGGUGAUUUGUAUGACAAUUGUUUCGAGCGGUGGGAUGGAGGAUGGGUUCGGGCCGGGCCCUGCUAUAAUUUUGGGGAAUUAUCAGCAGCAGAAUUUUUACAUUGAGUAUGAUUUGGAAAAUGAGAGGUUUGGGUUUCGGAGCCAAGUAUGCAAAUGAGGGAACAUGAUCAUCUUUUUUUUUUUUUAUUACUAAUUCAUAUUCGGUUCACCUCCAUAUGAUAAAUAAAACUUUGAUUCAUCGACACUUCACGUAGAGAUGCAAUUUCAAGCCAUUGACAUAGUUUAGUCAUGUACUCCUAUAUCAUUCUUGGCUGACAAUUUGUACCAAGAACUUAAUUUAUAUGUCAUUAUUCGCCA